CUUUGUGUAUCGCAGUCUCGAUAAGCCUUGACAGAAUGGUUCGAAUCAGCCUUUUUGGGACCGCUCUGUCUCCCAUAGUUGUCUUUGGCCUUGCAACUUGCGCAGUUGCUGUUGUGGAUAAGUGGACCCCAGAGAGCUUCAAUUGGAGUGCUCUGGACUCAGGCCCUCGGGAAAACUGGAAGGGUCUCUAUCUGAACCACAAUGGCACCGCCGAACACAUCCAUGAACUAGCAGUGACCACCGGCGCAGAUGUGAGAACGACCGACGACGUUGCUCUUGUGGUGGCUCCUUGGGCCAUCGGUCUAGCAUGGCAUGCCUUCAACCUCGUUCUCACCGGUGCUGGCCUGGCAAGCACCAUCAAUACCUGCGUUCAAAACGAGGGUCAAGCCGACAAUAUCUUCUACUGCAUCACUGGACUGCGCAGCACCAUCAUUGGUGUAGGUGGCGAGGUGUCCGCAGCCAAGAAGUUCGCUGAGUCGAAAGGGUACUUGGGGGUUGCCGCAAAUGCCUGGCUGCAGUCCGGUCUCGAACAGAUUGACCUGCAAACCUUUUCGCGGGACCUGGACAGCCUGCCGGCCAGAAAUAUGACUUCACAAAAGGCCCACAAUCACUUCGUUCAUAACGCAUUGCGCAGCCUGUCAACAGAUGAAGUGGACUUUGUCGGAUACGCACCCGAUUCUCAUAAGUUGGCCCGCCGUGACUCCAGUGUCCAUCCCUUUGCGCCAAUGUUCCGUUUUAAUCACCACAAAUAUGGCCCAAUGGAGCUCACCUCCCGUGAUACCGGCGAAAAUGGUGUGCAUUUUACCAUCUCCUACGCGGGUCAUCCCACCCACCACGCAACCCAGGAGAAACGCGACGAGUUUUACAAGCAUGAGCGGCUUAACGAGCACUUGAUGGAGGGCCGGUUUGAUUCUGAUGCCUCUAGCGCUGACCCGGGCGAUAUCACUUUCAAUGGAGCCGACGCCUUUGGCCAAAUCGAAAGCCAGGUUGAGUGUUUUGCAGGUACAAAGUGGAAUGAGGGCAAUGUGUUGUCCGUCCAGAUGUAUGACCAAGCCAACCAUGCGACUUUCGGGUUUGCUUCUAUUGGGAUUUUCCCGGACAACAGUGUAGAUUCUGGACUUCAAGGCUUUGAGCCUCAGGGAAUGCCUUUGACUGGCGGUCAGAAUUGUUAAAUUCGGUGCUCAAUUGGAGGCGUUCCAUUCUGAAGGAAU